GUAUGCCUAGCAAGAAGAGGACUUGGACAAGAGAAACACAGAAUUCAGAAGCCAAGCAAACUGAGUCACACUAAAUCUAAUGGAGCAAAGGAAGGGCCGGAGAUUGAUACUCUUCCCAGUGCCCUUUCAAGGUCAUAUAAACCCCAUGCUAGAGCUGGCCAACAUUUUACACCUGAAAGGCUUCUCCAUAACAAUCAUUCAUACCAACUUCAACUCUCUCAACCCUUCAAGCCAUCCACACUUCACCUUUCACUCAAUUCCUGAUGGCUUAUCUGAAAGUGAGGCCUCCUCAAAGGAUAUCCUCUUCCUCAUUUCUGUUCUAACUGCUAAAUGUGUCGAACCUUUCCGAGAAUGCUUGGCUAGCUUGUUAUCUGAUGUUUCAGAGGACCCUGUUGCUUGUUUGAUAUCAGACGCUAUUUUUCACUUCGCUCAAUCUGUUGCCGAUAGCCUUAAGGUCCCGAGGGUUGUUUUAAGGACUGGGGGUGCUUCUUCAUUUACUGUUUUUGCUGCAUUUCCACUUCUGCGUGAAAAGGGCUACUUCCCAAUACCAGAUUCUCGACUAGAAGAGCCAGUGGCAGAGUUCCCACAUCUCAAAGUCAAAGACCUUCCUGUGAUCAAAGGGUGUGACUCAGAGGAAUAUUUUCAACUAGCAGACGGCAUGUCAAAUGGAACCAAGUCCUCAAGGGGACUCAUUUUUAAUACGUUUGAAGACCUUGAAGAGCAAGCACUGGGAAAAAUUCGACAAGAAUUCCCCAUUCCAAUUUUCCCUAUUGGACCAUUUCACAACUGUUUCCCUGCAGCCUCUUCUUCACUUCCCCUGGCAACAGAAGACAAAAGCUGCAUUUCAUGGCUGAACGGUCAAGCACCCAAAUCCGUUGUCUAUGUUAGCUAUGGGAGCAUUGUAGCAAUAAAGGAAGCUCAAUUUUUGGAGAUAGCUUGGGGACUAGCCAACAGCAAGCAGCCUUUCUUAUGGGUGAUUCGACCUGAUUCAAUCCACGGAGGUUCCCAAUGGCUUGAACUAUUACCUAAUGAAUUUCUAGAGAACUUGAACGGGAGGGGGCACAUUGUGAAGUGGUCUCCCCAAAAAGAAGUGUUAUCACAUGCAGCCAUUGGAGUCUUUUGGACUCACAGCGGCUGGAACUCUACACUGGAAAGCAUUUGCGAGGGAGUUCCGAUGAUUUGUAUGCCAUGUUUCACUGAUCAAAUGGUGAACGCGAGAUAUGUAAGCAAUGUCUGGAAGGUUGGUUUGCAGUUAGAGCCGGGCGCAGAGAGAGGUGAAAUCGAAAGAACGAUUAGAAAACUAAUGGUGGAGAAAGAAGGGGAAGAGAUCAGAGCCAGAAGCUUAAAGCUAAUGGAGAAGGCGAAUCUCUGCUUCAAACAAGAUGGCUCUUCAUACCAAUCCUUAGACGGCUUGGUUAAACAUAUUCUUUCACUAGAAUCAUUUGUUUUUCGAACUCAGUGAAUCCCCAACAUGGUCUUGGGAAAUUCAUUUAGGUUAUCUAUGAGUCCUACAACCUCAUAAGAAGUAGUGCUAAUGUACUUGAAUUUAUCCAUGUUUUAAUAAAACUAGCAAAGCCACUUCCAUUUUCAACAA